CUUGAAGAUAUACGAAUAAUUAUACGGUCCGGCCGACAUGAUGAAUACUGGAAAAGAGGGAAGAGAGGAAGGGGAAAGGUUUGAUCGAAACCAUCGUAAAGCUUUCGUGAUACAUUACUGAUGAAGCUCAUAUUGAGAGGACUUUUUGAGCCAAUUCAACCUUGGCCAAUUUUAAAAGGCGAUCGCGUUCAAACGCCUGUUUCUGUCAAAGUUGUUGUGAACGCUCCAGCAGGAAAACCGCCUAAUCGUUUUGCUAGCAAAAUCGAAAGCUUGUUUUGUUAAUAAUCUCAAUUGUUCUGCAAAUAAGUGUUAUCCGACGCCAUGGAAUCCACACACAACAGUGCUAAAAUAUACUUACUUCAAGAGGAUCGCGAGAAAAGCUUUAAACAUUGGCCAUUUUCCGGUGAUAAACAAUGCAGCAUACAGAAGAUGGCUGAGGCAGGCUUCUAUUGGCACGGGACGGAGACAGAGAUAGACAUAGCGGCUUGCUUCGUGUGUGGCAAAGAGCUGGACGGUUGGGAAGAGUCGGACGAUCCGUGGAGCGAACACCGGAAGCAUGCACCACAGUGUCCGUUUGUGAAAUUUGGCCGUCCAGAGACGCAUCUAACGUGCGAUGAAUUUGUCACUAUUAUGAUGGCCACGGUGAAGACGCGAUAUGUCAACAACUACACCAACCUCAAGACCAACGGCAAGAUGCUGAUAGAGAAGAAGCGGAAGGAAAUGGAGAAACUGUUACGCACCAACUAGUAUUAAGCUGCAUAUUAGAGAAAUACAUCGAACCAUGUAAAACAA